ACUAAUUUUACUACGGCAUUCCGGUAGGUUCAGACGGGCCAAGCAGCUGAAGAGUUGUCUUCCGAGUGGCACUCAUUGUAACGACUGAGGUUCCUUUUUUUCAUAACAUUGUAGUUAAUACCGGACUACUGUAUUUAAUUUAGUAUGAGAGUCGUCGUAGGGGGUGGUUCUGGCUUUGUGGGUCGUGAGUUGACUCGCCUACUCCGAGACAAAGGCCACGAAGUCACAGUGAUCUCCCGCCAUCCCGGCCCCGGGAGGAUCACAUGGGGUGAAUUGGAGUCAUCCGGUCUCCCUCCGUGUGAGGGUGCUGUCAACUUGGCAGGGGAGAAUAUCAUGAACCCGCUGCGAUGGUGGAACGAAAGCUACAAGAAAGAUUUGUUUUCCAGUCGCAUCAACAGCACAAAAGCUCUGGCGGAUGCUAUCGCUGCGUCCCCGAGUCCUCCCCGCUCAUGGGUUCUGGUGUCGGGCGUGGCGUGCUACAAACCCAGUCUGACAGCCGAGUACACGGAGGACAGCGAGUGGACACCGUUUGAUCUCCUUUCAAGGCUGGUGAAAGAGUGGGAAGCUGCUGCUCUGCUGCCAGAGAGUAUGUCAGAGACCACCAAGCAAGUGGUUGUCCGACCCGGGGCAGUUUUGGGCCGUGACGGCGGCGCCAUGAAGCAAAUGCUGCUUCCCUUCUGGCUGGGCCUGGGCGGCACCCUGGGCUCCGGCCAGCAGCCCUUCCCGUGGAUCCACGUGUCGGACCUGGCCGGGAUCAUUGCCCAAUCCCUGGAGCCGCCCUCCCCUUCCGGAGCUCCACUUUUCUCGGAGCCCCCGUCUGGUGCGCCACCCUCCUGCCGCCAGGUCCUCAACGGGGUUGCGCCUGCCAUAAACACCAAUUACGAGUUCACCAAGGAGCUGGGUCGGCUGCUGAGUCGUCCCACCAUCUUACCCGUGCCCACCUUCGUGCUCAACACUCUGUUGGGCUCAGAAAGAGCUGUGAUACUGGCUCAGGGCCAGAAAGUGGUACCCAAAAGGACUUUGGAGACUGGGUUCCAGUACAAGUACCCAGACUUGGUGUCGGCUCUCAAACAAAUUGUCGCCAGUUAAUAAUAAUAAUUAAAAACCAAUGUACACUGCAAGAAAUACGUCCUCGUCCAUCAUUAGGGGACAACCAUGAAAUCCUCACUGAUGCAAAAAUAGCAUUUUACAUCAACAUGUGUUUAUAUUGUAUAAAAGUAAAGUUCAAAUAAAUAUUAAGACCUUUGUUA